UAAUCUACUUUUUUAGCUUUAAGAAAAAUUUCCUUCCCUAGAAAGCUACUUCCCAACUCCCCAUUCCCCCCUAUUGGUUCAUGAAAAACCUCAAAUCCCCUAUUCUAUUAAAAACCCCUCCAUUUUUAUUUCAUAUAAACAAAAAAACUUUCAACUUUCUGAAAAAUCAAACUGUUUUCCAAAAUGGGUUUCUUCCAAUUUCCAAAUUCGAUCCUCGUUGUUAUUGUUUUUUGCAUGAUGAAUUUGUUCAAUUUAGGGUUUGGAGCAAGAAAACUUGCAUCUCUGUAUGAAGCACCACCAAUGGGCAUCCGUUACCACAAUGGGGCUUUGCUUCAAGGUAACGUUCCUGUUUCCAUCUUGUGGUAUGGCAAAUUUACGGCCCCUCAGAAAGCCAUUGUUAUCGAUUUCUUUCUCUCUCUCGAUUCUCAUUCGGACAAGUCCAACAGUGUCACUCCAUCAGUCUCUCGUUGGUGGAAUACCGUUCAGGUUUAUAUGAAAAGAGCCGGAAAAAAAGACGCUAAGCUUAUUUUAGCGAAACAAAUAACAGACGAUGAAUACUCCAUCGGAAAAUUCUUAAAAAGAAACCAAAUUUCAGAACUGUCACGGAGGGCCGGCUCGAAAUACGGCGGCAUGACGCUGGUUCUCACGGCGGAGGACGUCGCCGUCGAAGGGUUUUGUAUGAGCACCUGCGGCUUUCAUAAUUGGGACCACAAAUCGAAAUCCGCCUUCAUAUGGGUCGGCAACUCAGUAAAUCAGUGUCCGGGUCAAUGUGCUUGGCCGUUCCACCAGCCCAUCUACGGCCCACAAACGCCGCCGCUUCUACCGCCGAACGCCGACGUCGGGAUCGACGGCAUGAUAAUCAACAUUGCUACUCUUUUGGCUGGAACCGCCACUAAUCCCUUCGGUAACGGCUACUUCCUCGGGUUGCCAGCGGCGCCGCUGGAGGCGGCGACGGCCUGUCCUGGGGUAUACGGGAAGGGGGCUUAUCCAGGAUACGCUGGUAAGCUGCUGAAGGACGACACCACCGGCGGGAGCUAUAAUGCCGACGGCGUCGGCAGCAGAAAGUAUCUUUUGCCGGCGUUGUACGAUCCCGUAACCUCUCGGUGUUCAACGCUGGUUUAACCGGCUGGGCGUAUUAGUAAAGUUGGAGAAACAGGUGGCUGGUCACGUGCUCUCGUAAUGUAUAUAUGGAUCAUAUGUAUAAGAUAUGUAUGCAUGUGUGGGAACAAAAAAAUUAAUAAUAAAAAGCUAUGUAAAUAGACAUUGGACAUUAAACUCUUUUCAACGAUAAAAUAUAAUUUAAGUCACAGUUUUAGUCUUGAUGUUUGAUAAA